AUGGCCACGCUCAUUCGCGAAGAGCGGAAAGUCACAGCACAAGAGAAUUCAACGACACGAGAUGCGAACGAACUUGCUGCAUCAAUUCCGACGCCCUUUCCGCGUAUAGAGCGCGUUGCGGCAGACGCACAAACACAACCUACAAUAUCCAAACCAGCACAAUCUGCAUCUAAUAUUACCAAAGAUGAUAUCCACAGUGGUGUAGCGACGACUAGUCACAAGCCAUCACACGAACAAAAAACAUCAAACCUCCUCCCGUCAAUUUCACAACUCGAGCACUCGUGCCUCCUCACUCUGAACACGCUUCUUUCCUCUUCCCGUCCGCAAUUCGAAUGGACACCUAUCAUUCCACCGCGAAGACAUUCCAUGCCUAGUCCCUCGACGGUGCACCCGACUGCCUCUGGAUUCCUGGACCAUCAUGAUCCAUUCAACGAUCGCACAGGAAACGAAACGGCGAUUCAAACGCUCUUAGGGAACCUUCGAAACCUUGCAGGAGAAGAAGAAGGCAUGAUCGAACUACACACGGAGCAGCAGGAUGGCCCUUCAGUGCUCAGGGAGCUCCAAUCUCGCGUGCAUACAUUGUCAACUACCAUGAGCGAGUCAGAAGCGCAACUAUCACGAUCCCUCGUCUCGCUUCUCGUUCACGUCGAACGUCUGAAGCAGCUCAAGCCGCUCUGGGUGCAAAACAAGGGAGUUCAACCUCCACUCGUCGAAAAUGGAUCCAUACCGUCGAGCGUGUAUGAUGAUCUCAAUAGGCAAGUGAGCACGCUCAAGGCUCAACGGGCCGACACGGAGGAUGUCGACUCAAGGGAGAAUGCGUCGAGUACGCAAGAGGAGACGGAAGCUGCGCUUCUGUGGUCGCGAAUCGAUGAGGAUCUCGAGACGGUCUCGCGCUUGUGCAGGCGGCGUAUGCGUGCAUUGGACCCAUUUCUUGACGACGCUAGCUAUGUCGAGCGGGAUCGACAUGGGGAUACGGCCUUACCACCCGAAUAUGACCACGCAGAUUUUGAGCUGCCUCAGUACCGCAUGUCGCAUGAUCUUCAUCUUGAUGAGAAGCACAAGGAAAAGCGGCUAGAGCAAGCUCAGCAUACGCGACUCAGCACGACCGGAAGUGUGCAAGACGAAAAGAUGAGACUCGACUUUGAGAGCGUUAUGAUGGCCAUUGACAGGAUGUACAUCGUGGCGCCUCAACUGCACAAUCAACGAGUCGAGUUAAAAAAGACGAAGGCAGAGCAGCUGGAGCGAGCUUCGAAAGCCGCAGAGGCAGCUGCGAUCGCUGGCACGAGCUCCCAGCACGUGCCGAGUGCUCAGCGGAGUCGAAGUGGGAGUGGUGCAGAAGAACCGCGUGUCAAGGGUAAAGGAAAAGUACGGAGCGAGGAGCAAGAGUUGGAUAGUAUGCUCAGUCUUAUUGGCAAAGCUUCAUCCCGGAGAAUGAACGAUCAAGCAGUUGUCCUUUCGGAUGACCUGAAGCUACGACUGCAACGAGCGAGAAUGGAGGAUGAUGAAAAGAGACGACAGUUCGUCGAGCAGCUUGUGUCCCACUCGGACGCGGGUAGACUGCACAACCAGGAUGCAGUGCUGAUGCCAGCGGGUCAACGAAUAAAGGACCCCGAGGUUCUUUUGACGUUACCAGAGUUUAUUCGAGAAGCCGUUCCCCCUGGUUUGCAGGGCGAUCGAACCGACGACCCAAACGCUCUUUUGACACUCCCCGAGUUUGUCAAGGAAUCACAACGCACAGAAUCGCAAAAGAUGGCGCAAAGUCAAAGCGAGGACCCGCCCUCCAAGUCUUCUGCAAUUAAGCGAAAGGAAUCGAAGCCACGACUAAAGCCACGUAGUAAAAGUUUCUCGAACGCUGCUGGUGCGGGUGCUUGGAUUUUGGGCAAGCCUUGGUCACGCCAGAUGCCUCCACCGCCAACGUCGUCACAGACUGCAGCGACUUCACCGUCACAAGUUGGUCUCAGCAUCUCUUUCGUCGCGGAACAUCAGGAAACAUUGAACGUCGUCAUCUUGCUCUUCAAGAUUACAAAUUCCACGGGCACGCCUAGUCAGAUUGUGCUCGAAGUGGUACCCAGCUCUAGCGGUGCAUCCGACGAGGGCAAUUUACUGACUGGUGACCAAUUCCUGGUCAAGCAAAACGCGAGCUGGUCUCCUCCACUCCACCUACCAGCGCGUGUCCUCGCGGGAAAGCAUAUCAUCACACCCAUGGGAGAGCACUAUGAGAUCAAAUUACCCACUCCUCCGCAGUCUCUGGAUGCGAUUCAGAUCGCCUCAUCUGUUCCACUGAUGGAUGCCGCGCAGCUUCGAUCCAUCAGUCCGAGCUCGUUUGUUUGCUCGUCUUGUUCGCUACCGCUCGUCCACACGUCGGAUGACAGUACCGGCUCGCUACAAUAUCGCGACUUGCCGAGUGAUUAUUGGACGGAGCUGGUGGAUGCGUGGGUCUGCCAUCAUGACCAGGCCCUUUCGAAGCGGGUCUCCGAAGCUGCUCAAGAGGGAUUCUGGCCUCGACGGCAGGAAUGUUUGAUCGGCGGAAGCUAUUAUCUCUUAGAGGAGAGCGCGACCAUCAUAACGAAUCUUAGGUCGUCCAAAGAGGUGAAGACUACCGACGAUUGGAUGCGUGUACAGUGUAUUUGUGGAGCAGCAGUCGGUCGAUGCCAGUUGUCGCCGCUCACCGAGACGAUAGUCUACCGCUUUCCAAAGUAUGCAACUCGACCGGUCUCUGCAAACGCGAGACCGUUGCGGAUCCCACUCUCAGCAUAUGUCGUAGAAGAUAUGGUGGAACUAUCGCAAGUACACGGGGCUUAUCGGUUUGUAAUAUGUGAUGAAGAAGAAGAAAAGGCGCGGUUGCUGAUUUGGGUGUUCAAACCGACGAUGAAGUUGUCAUAUUCUGCACCAAAUGUUUCCCUCAUUCCGCGAUCCGGAUCGGUUGUUGCCGCAAAGAUACUGUUCAAGGUGGUUGGUCUCGGCAGCGGCAUUCCAUUUGAUGCAAAAAGCACGUUGGAGAAGCAUCCCAACUUUUCACAUGCGGAACAACUCUCGUAUCCUCUGGAUAUCUGUCGACGACUUGCUGGCCUUUUGAGAGAGAGUCACUCGACAUAUCCGUCGAAUCGGAGGACGAUGAGUGGACUAGACGCAGGAUGGCUGCAACGUUGGUGA